UGUUUAUUGUUAGUUUCAAUAGUUUGUAGUUUAUAAAAAUUAAGAACUAUCAAUAUAUAUUUGUAACUUUGUAAUAAUUUUAUUAAAACCUUCCGCUCAUAACAAGUUAUAUUUAAACCGAUUUUUUCUAGUGGAUAUAUUUAGUUUUCAUCUACUAAGAUUCUCCUUUUUUUAACCAGAUUUUUAUGUGUACAUGAUUGAUAUUAUGCUGCAGGAAGAGCUAUUAUCGGAUGUUUAUUAAUAUUUAAUGAAAUGGAAAAGCGAAGUAAACGACAAUACUCAUCCUCGGAGGAAGAUAGUGCUGAGGAAUAUCGCAAAAAAGAUAUAAAAGAGCGCGAUGAGUUUGCAACACGAUUGCGAAAAAAGGAUGAAGAGAAGGUGAAGAAAGUAGCUGAAGCUCACAAGAAGACAUAUGAAGAAGCAGCUAAACGACUUAAGCUAGAGGCCGAGGAUCGGGAAAAAGUUUUGCCCAAACUUCGAAUCCAAUCCCGCAGAAAAUACUUGCAAAAGAGAAAAGAUGACAAAGUUGUCGAAUUAGAAGAUGACAUCGCAGAUGAUGAAUAUCUUUUUGAGGAAAAUGUGUUAACAGAAAGGGAGAAGCGAGAUAGAGAACACAAGAAAACAAUAUUGAAACUAGCCAAGGAACAUGAGAAAGCUAGAGAAUUGGAGAAUAUCCAAAGAUAUCACAUGCCCCAAGAUCUUGGGAAAGGAGAAAAAGGGGAGUACAUUGAAGUUGAUGAAAAUGAAAAGUUGCCACAUGCAGAUCAAAGGAAAUGGGAACAAGAGCAGAUAAAAUCAGCCUUCUUUAAGUUUGGUGCUAAGGAUGCCAAAGCCCAAAAUGAAUAUGAACUACUAUUGGAUGAACAGAUUGAUUUUAUACAAGCCCUUCAGCUGGAAGGUAAUAAAGAAAAAAAGGAGGAGGAAGAAAUUUCAGAACAUCAAAAGAUACGAAUGACAAUUGAAGAAACUAAAAUAUCACUGCCUGUUUAUCCCUUCAAGGAUUCACUUAUUCAAGCUAUAAAAAAUUAUCAAAUUUUGAUUGUGGAAGGUGAAACAGGUUCUGGUAAAACUACUCAAAUUCCACAGUACCUUCACGAAGCCGGUUUCACCCAGGAUGGAAAGAAAAUUGGCUGUACUCAACCAAGAAGAGUAGCAGCUAUGUCAGUAGCGGCUAGAGUAUCCCAAGAGAUGAAUGUAAAACUUGGAAAUGAAGUCGGUUACAGCAUUCGUUUUGAAGACUGUACAUCAGAUAGAACAAUAAUAAAAUACAUGACAGAUGGUACUCUACAUAGAGAAUUCUUAUCCGAACCUGACCUUGCCUCAUACAGUGUCAUGAUAAUUGAUGAAGCUCAUGAACGCACAUUACAUACUGAUAUUUUAUUUGGUUUGGUUAAAGAUAUUACAAGGUUUAGACCAGAUUUAAAAUUACUUAUUUCAAGUGCUACAUUGGAUGCAGAGAAAUUUUCGACCUUUUUUGAUGAUGCCCCUAUUUUUCGAAUACCAGGAAGACGGUUUCCUGUAGAUAUUUACUAUACAAAGGCUCCAGAAGCAGAUUACAUAGACGCCUGUGUGGUGUCAGUGCUACAAAUUCAUGCUACACAACCACUUGGAGAUAUUCUAGUUUUCUUGACUGGGCAAGAAGAAAUUGAGACAUGUGUGGAAAUGUUACAAGAAAGAACAAAAAGACUUGGAAAAAAAUUAAAAGAACUCCUCAUAUUACCUGUUUAUGCUAAUUUGCCAAGUGAUAUGCAAGCUAAAAUCUUCGAACCAACUCCUGAAGGAGCAAGAAAAGUAGUCUUGGCAACAAACAUUGCAGAGACUUCUUUAACAAUUGACAAUAUUAUUUAUGUUAUUGAUCCCGGUUUUGCAAAGCAAAAUAAUUUUAAUUCUAAAACUGGAAUGGAAAGUCUCAUGGUUGUACCAAUUUCAAAAGCAUCAGCUAACCAAAGGGCAGGUAGGGCAGGGAGGGUUGCACCAGGCAAAUGUUUUAGGCUUUAUACAGCCUGGGCUUACAAAUAUGAACUAGAAGACAACACUGUUCCUGAAAUACAAAGGAUUAACUUAGGAAAUGCUGUUCUAACAUUAAAAGCAUUAGGAAUUAAUGAUUUAAUCCAUUUUGACUUUCUUGAUCCUCCCCCUCAUGAAACAUUAGUUUUGGCAUUAGAGCAACUAUAUGCUCUAGGUGCUCUUAAUCAUCAUGGAGAAUUAACAAAAGCUGGAAGGAGAAUGGCUGAGUUCCCUACAGAUCCUAUGCUGGCCAAAAUGUUAUUAGCAAGUGAAAAGUAUAAAUGUUCUGAAGAAGUGGUGACAAUAGCAGCUAUGCUAUCAGUUAAUAGUUCUGUAUUUUACAGACCAAAAGAUAAAAUAAUUCAUGCGGACACAGCUAGAAAAAACUUCUUUCAUAGAAGUGGUGAUCAUUUAAGUUUAAUGAAUGUUUAUAAUCAAUGGGUGGAUUCAGACUUUUCUGUUCAGUGGUGUUAUGAAAAUUUUAUUCAAUACAGAUCAAUGAAAAGAGCAAGAGAUGUGCGUGAACAACUGGCAAGUCUCAUGGACAGGGUUGAAAUAGAAAUGGUGUCAAGUUUGUCUGAUGACACCAAUAUAAGAAAAGCAAUAACUGCUGGUUAUUUUUACCAUAUUGCAAAAUUUUCUAAAGGAGGCCAUUACAAAACUGUCAAGAAUAAUCAAACUGUAAUGAUUCAUCCAAAUAGUGCAUUAUUUGAAGAACUUCCAAGGUGGGUUAUAUAUCAUGAACUAGUGUUUACCUCCAAAGAAUUUAUGAGACAAGUUACUGAGAUUGAAAGUAAAUGGCUAUUAGAAGUUGCCCCACACUACUAUAAGUCAAAAGAAUUGGAAGACUCAACUAAUAAAAAAAUGCCUAAAACUGUUGGAAAAUCUGCUAAGAUGUAAUAAAAAAAUAUUUCUAUAUAUA